AUGGCUUUAUCUGCGAAGUCAAGAUUUGAUCUCAUUCGUGACAAUCUCGGCGAGAUUCUUAACCCGGAAUUGAUCGAGAGCAUCCUUGCUGAGGGGCGCAAUCCCCGUGUGUACUGGGGCACUGCUACAACUGGGAGGCCUCAUUCCGGUUAUUUCGUCGCCGCAAUCAAGAUCGCCCAGCUACUUGCGUCAGGAUGUGAGGUGGUAAUUCUCCUUGCUGACGUGCACGCGUUUCUAGAUUCAAUGAAAGCGCCUCUCGAACUCGUUGAAAACCGUGUCAAAUACUACGAAAAAAUCAUCACGGCAGUCCUAGAGGCUGUUGGCGUGUCGACGGAGAAGCUCGAGUUCGUGCUCGGGAGUUCCUACCAGCGGAGUUCCGACUAUGUUAUGGAUGUCUACCGGCUUGCCGCUAUGACCUCUGAGCAUGAUUGUAGGAAGGCUGGUGCAGAGAUUGUGAAACAAUCUACCAACGCCCCAAUGAGCGGCCUUCUCUACCCGAUCCUUCAGGUCCUCGAUGAGGAGUAUCUUAAGGUCGAUGCUGAAUUAGGCGGCCUCGACCAGAGGAAGCUCUUCACGGCAGCAACAGAAUGGCUACCUAAACUCGGAUACCGAAAGCGUGCCCAUCUUAUCACUCCAAUGGUUGCAGGCCUAAGCGGGGGCAAAAUGAGCUCGAGUAUCGAAGAUAGCAAGAUUGAUCUCCUCGACCCACCUGAGGCAGUCUCCAAAAAAAUCCGUAAAUCGGAAGCGGUCCCUCGAGUCGUCGAGAACAAUGGCGUAAUUGCCAUGGUGGAAUUUGUCUUACUCCCCGCAGCCGCCCUCACUGGCAAGAAGGAAUUCCGCGUAGAACGCCGGGAUAACGAACCUCUCAUCUACACUGACAUCCAACAACUCAAAGAUGAUUACACAAACGACGUUUUAACUCCCCAACUUCUAAAGCCUGCAGCAUCAGAGGCUUUGAACCGUCUCAUGGCACCUAUUCACAAAGCCUACGCAGAAUCGCCCGAAUGGCAGGAAAUCACCCUUAAGGCUUACCCGCCUCCGGUUGUACAGAAGAAGGAAAAGAAGGUCAAAGAUAGAGGUUCCCGCUUCCCUGGAGCUAAUAAGGAAAAGGAUAUCCCAGAGCGUCCCAAGGCUUAA